CUUAAAUAAUAGUUAGGUGUGUUUAAACAUUAAAUAUUCAUCAAAACACUUAAUUUCAGUCAAAUAUUGACGAUAUUCGUGCACCAUAAACUAACUCAUAAUUGCAUCAUGUACCCUUCUCUCCCACUAGAGUAUUCAUUAAGAUCACCACCACCAUCAGCCCCACCACCAUUAUACCACCAACAAACACCACCACCACAACGACGACCUCCUCAGCCGCAUGCCACUGGUGUUCCAGCUCAACACGUAACUCCUCCUCCCCUUAACGUCAACUGGUCCAGCAGCCUUUGUGCAUGCUGCUCCGAUGUCCCCAACUGUUGCUUAACAUGUUUGUGUCCGUGCAUUACUUUCGGACAAAUAGCUGAGAUCAUUGACCAAGGGAACACUUCUUGCGGAGAACAUGGGGCUCUCUAUGCCUUAAUCCAGGCUUUCACAGGGUGUGGAUGCUUGUAUUCUUGUACAAAUCGGACUAAGAUGAGGAGUCAAUUCGGGUUGCGUGAAAACCCAUGUCCUGAUUGCCUUGUUCAUUUUUUCUGUGAACCAUGUGCCUUGUGUCAAGAGUAUCGUGAACUUAAACAUCGUGGAUUUGACAUAUCUAUUGGUUGGGAAGGUAACAUGGAGAGACAGAAUGAUGUACAUAUGCCACCGAUGGCUCCUGGAGGAAUGUACCGUUAAAACCAUACACCAUCGCUCUUAUGUGCUUCUUUAAUUUGGGUUCAUCGGUGAAUAUAACUCAUUGUGAGAAAUUGAAUUUUAAAGAUGUAUAAAUUAUCUCAUGAAGUACCUUUGUAUUAUUUGUGUAUUGGUAUAUUGAAUUUGUGCCAAGCUGUUGUAUAUUUGUGCUUGAGUGGGCGUUAUAAGCAAAUUUUAUUAUACCAUUAUUUUAUUUCCUUAACAGCGAAA